UUUUGCUCGAAUCAAUACACACAUCGGUUUGUCGAUGUGUUGCAAUCAUUUUACAAAUCAAUCAUAAAAAUAAUAGUUUAUACAAUAAACACAAAGGCAAACCCAGCUGUAGCCAUCGAAUUCGACCCAUCGGUGCUACUCCAAUAGUCAGAUAAGCAAGAUAAAUCUUUGAGCAAAAUUCUCUCAAACCCUACACUGCAUUGUUCCAAAAUCAGCUGACGCGUUCCCUUGUUAUCAAUACAUACACGGUAGGUAAGUACAUAUAGAAUGAAUAUCUUCUUCCGUCCACGCGUCCUACGGACAGUGUCAAACGUGAUUGUGAACAGCAGUAGUGUCAUUCCGAGCAGCGCUCGUCAUCCUUGGUUAGUGGCUACCGAAGCUCCGCCACCGAUAGCAUUGCAAAUCAGUCACAGGACGUACUGCUAUUUCAACAUGAAGCCCAAGGUUUACAUUACCCGAAACGAUUAUCCCCGCAUUGGGUUGGAUCUGCUGAAAGAGGAGUGUGACCUUUCAAUCUGGGAUGAAGGUUAUCCGGUUCCGCGUGAUGAGUUCCUCAGAAAUGUCGCUGGAAAGGAUGCAAUUUUCUGCUCCCUAAACGAUCGAAUCGACAAAGAACUACUGGAUCAGGCUGGACCAAGCCUGAAGGUCGUGUCUACCAUUUCGGUUGGCUUUGACCACAUCGAUGUGAAGCAAUGUCGCGAGCGAGGUAUUCGUAUCGGUUACACACCGGACGUGCUAACGGAUGCGACUGCUGAGCUUACGGUGGCGUUACUGCUUGCGACUACCAGAAGAUUGUUCGAAGCUAACAAGGAAGUUCACAACGGCGGUUGGAAGAGCUGGUCACCGAUGUGGAUGUGCGGUUCGGGUAUAAAAAAUUCUGUCGUCGGUAUUCUUGGAUUCGGUCGCAUCGGACAGGAGGUUGCCAAACGGUUAGCUCCUUUCAAACCACUGCGAAUCCAGUUUACCAGCCGAUCGGAUAAGUGCAUGACAGCAGACGAGCUUGGAGCUAGCCAGGUUCCCUUCGAUGAUCUUAUUGAGACAAGCGAUUUCAUCAUCAUAUGCUGCUCGUACAACACGGAGACGGCCAAUCUGUUUAAUGAUUCCGUCUUUUCUAGAAUGAAGCCUUCGACCAUUCUAGUGAACACAAGCCGGGGAGGAAUUGUUGAGCAACACGAUCUGAUACAUGCCCUGAAGGCAGGCAAGAUUCGAGCUGCCGGUUUAGAUGUAACGACUCCAGAACCGCUUCCCUUGGACAGUCCACUGCUACAGAUGAGCAACGUUGUCGUUCUGCCUCACAUAGCCAGUGCCGACGUGGAAACGCGUACCGAGAUGUCUCGCAUAACUGCUUGCAACAUCCUUGCCGGGUUGAAGGGUGUUAAAAUGAUUUCGGAACUUUAAAAACGCUCGAUCAAUAAAGUUAAGCAAUGUUCAAUCCGUUGA